GAAGGUAUUGAAAGUCCUGGGGCUUGUUUCUGACGCGCUUGUUUUUCUCCCCGUCACAUUAGUGAACAUGUCAUCCAGCGGUUUUUUCAUGUAUUUUGCUUAUGGCAGUAAUUUACUGAAAGAGAGACUACAACUGAAAAACCCAUCAGCUGUGUUUCACUCCGUCGGCAGGAUACAGGACUACAGGCUGGAUUUCGGUCUUUCGGGUGACUGCACGAACUGCUCUUGGCACGGUGGGGUCGCAUCGAUACAGGAGAGUGAAGGAGACGAGGUGUGGGGGGUCGUGUGGAGGAUAGACGACCAAAACCUGCCCAGUUUAGACAGACAGGAACAGGUUCAUGAAGGAGUGUACAGUCCAUUAGAGGUCAAAGUAGAAACUAAAGAGGAGAUGAUACUCUGCCGGACGUACAAGAUGAACAAUUUCAGACCCUGUCCACCUUCACCACAGUAUAAAAAGGUCGUGUGUUUAGGGGCUCAACAGAACGGCUUGCCUCAAAAUUACAUACAGAAGCUUCUGGCAUUGGAGACAAACAACUACAGCGGCACUACCAUACUGGACCAGAUUACAGACAUCGAGAAAUGACCUGCAGGAAAUUAUGUGUAUUAUUACCUCACUUACAGUAUCAAGUUCAUUAAUAAUAAAUACACAGGUCUUAACCUUUGUGUUAAGUUGCAAUCCUUUUGUUAUAUGGUUUGAACAGAAGAUACUCAUAUAGUUUCAAACAAUAUUAUGAUAAUGGGGAGCCAGUAUAAAUGUCAACAGGAAUAAAAGAUUUCUCGGUUUGAUUUUGGAUCAAGAAUUGGAUUAUUGUGAAAACUGUGAUGAUCACUAUGGGUUUGUGUCUGUUGAUUCUGUUGAUUGUGAUGUGUCUGUAGUGGCUAUUUUUCACCAUCAGCUGAUCCAGAAACAACAACUAAAACCUUAAAGUGAAACACAGACAGUCAAAUGUGUGCAACAUUAAUACAUGAUCCACUUAAAAACAACUAAAACAAACUAUGCACUACUAUAGUGAGUGUCAAAAUUUAUGGUGUCAAAUACAGUAGAUUCAUUGGAGGUUUAAAACCCCUUGUAACCAUUACGCAUUUGACUCAUAUUCAUAAUAAUACUUACUAUCCUCUUUGUCACAUUUUUGUAUUUAAGAUAAUAAAAGUGGUGAUGCAUA